AUGGCAAAUCUUAUUAACUUAUCACAAUUUUCAAAUUUAUCAGAUCGUUUAAAUAUCGAUAGAUUAAAAUCAGAUUUUUCAUCAAUACAACAAGCAUUAUCAAAAUUAAGACCACCACAAGAAUUUUUUGAUUUUAGAAGAAUUUCAAAACCUUCAAAUUUUGGUGAAAUUCAACAAAGAAUAAGUUAUAAUUUAGGUUAUUUUUCAUCAAAUUAUUUAGCUAUAGUUUUAUGUUUAUCUAUAUAUGCAUUAGUUACAAAUUUAUUAUUACUUUUUGUAUUGGGAUUUGUUAUUUUGGGAGUAUUUGGUAUAAAUAAAUUAGGUGGUGAAGAUUUAGUUACUCCUUUUGGUAGAUUAAAUACUAGUCAAUUAUAUACUGGAUUAUUAAUUGUUGCUAUACCUUUAGGAUUUUUAGCAAGUCCAGUAAGUACUUUAAUGUGGUUGAUUGGUUCUAGUAUUGUUGGUGUUGGUGCUCAUUCUGCUUUAAUGGAAAAACCUAUUGAAACUGUAUUUGAAGAAGAAGUAUAA